AUGGCCUCCGGCGCAGAAGAGGAGAGCAUGUUGCUUGCGGACGACGAAUGUCGCCCAGACGCUUCCGAGUGCCUUUUGCAUGCGCUGCAGAAGCGAGGUGUGGUCGUGGAGCACAAGGUGGCGCCACCAGACCCCACGCCGACAGAGGAGGGCUCAGCAGAGGAGGACGCGGCAGAGGAGGAUGUGGCAGAGGAGGACACGGCAGCGGAUGACGCGGCAGAGGAUUCUCCGGCUGUGGAGGUGGUAGAUGAGGAGGUGCCGGAGGUUGACAAGAACAGCACUGGAGCCCAUGCCAACAACGAGACCGAAGCAGCCACCACCAGCAACGCAACUGACUCGGAGGCUGCAUGA